AUGAUCAAGUUAACAUCAAGUGUGGAUUUCACGGAUGGCAUCCUCAUAAUUCCCAGUGUUUGUGUUGGGAAUGUUGCACAGCUCUCAGCGGAUUUGAUUGUGGAGACACUGAAGAUGCAGAAAGUUGGUAUCCUCUGGCAUCCGGCUGUGAUUCCCAUCAUCGGACCACCAGCCUAUUGGCGAGACAACAAGGAUACCACCACAACAGCCUGUGAGCUCUUCACAAUGGACCCAGAAGCGAAGCAGAAGAUCUCCGUUCUGCAGAUUCGGUCACCCCUUGUUGCCACACUGAUGCAGGACUUCUUUGAUCAACUCAUGGAUUUCAUUGAGAAGCAAAAAUUCAAGGAAGUCAUCAUCCUCAGCAGUAGCUAUGCCCAUGAGAAGCACCUCAUUGAGGAGAGUCCUUUCGAAUAUAGCGCCUCAGAUUCAUUCUAUGGCAGUCAUGAGAAUAAAUUGACUUCCCUGAAUUGGCGAAGGCAUUCAGGUCAAGGAUUUCCACACAUUCUCGGCGGUGGAUUUGCUUCUCAACUAUUUCGGGGACUACAGGAUAAGAAGAUUGCAACAAUGAUGCUCUUCAAGUACGUGUCGGAGGGCGACAACUCCCCAGAUGCCAAGCAAAUGACCAAUAAACUCAACGAGUUCCUCGAUGUUCUACCCACAAAGGAGGAUGGAUCAGCACGCCUUACAAUCCCACCGUCCUGGAAGCUUCUCUUUGGGGAUGCAGCGCCACAGAGUAUUUAUUAAAUACCCUCAAUGUGGCUUCUCUCAGGUACAAAACUUAUGUGGAUCCAAUGUUUGAGAUUGAAAUAAAAAUUAAUGUGAAAACAUA